AUGCUGCGUCGGGUGGAGGAUGUUCCAAGGAAUAGGAAUAACGCAUUGCACCAAGCCGGGGGAGACGACAACGGUAGGCCAAUCAUUGAUCCUAUACCCAGGAACCCUAUUAUUUAUGAUGAUAGCGACGAUGAGCUAGAGUUCGGCAUUGCUCCAGUUAUUCCCAGUGAUGGCAGGACCGGUAGGAAUUGGCGAAAUCAUGUUAAUUUUAAUCAACGUCGGAAUGAUGAUGAGUUUAAACUCAAGGUGGAUAUCCCUACUUUUAGUGAAGAUCUGGAUAUAAAGGGCCUUCUAGAUUGGAUCACCGAGGUUGACCGUUUCUUUGAGUACAUGGAGAUCCCGGAAGAAAGAAGGGUGAAACUAGUAGCUUUUCGAUUGAAGGGAGGAGCAUCUGUCUGGUGGGAACGAAUGAGGGAGACUCGGAUCAGAGAAGGAAGAGGUCCAGGAACAAGAAGCGUGAACGAGUACACCUCAAAUUUUCUGAGAUUGGCUAAAAGGAACCAGUUGUCAGAAAGUGACAAUCAACAGGCAGCCCGUUAUUUGAGUGGUUUGAAGCCUGCUAUUCGAGACAAGAUUAGAGUACAUAUGGUUAUGAGUGUGCAGGAAGCGAGGAACUUAGCUUUGAAGGCUGAGUUAAUGUUCCAAGAGAGGACUCGAGCCGAUAAUUAUCGACGGUAUAGCGGGAAUGACAACAGGCCCCUAGCGGUUGACAAGGGCAAGCCAACUCAAGGGGUACAACCCUCCCACCCGCCGAAUGUAGCUAACACCAGUAAGGCCACAACGGGAGGAAAAACUCGAGUUAAUACUUUAAACCCUCCUAAAACCAUUAAUCCUUAUGCAAAACCUGCUCCUUUUAAGUGCUUCAAGUGCAAUGAAGUUGGGCAUAGGUCUAGUGACUAUCCCAGGAGAAAGGCAGUUAACAUGGUGAAGAAGGAUGAGGAAGAAGUUGGUGAUGAUGAAGUAUAUUGUGGGCUCGAUGGAGAGGACGAAGAAGGUACUUAUGAGCAUGAAGAGUACAUGUGUGUUGUGAGGAAGCUCAUGCUAUUUCAGAGAAGUAAAGAUGACACACAACGACACCGGUUGUUUCGCACUAGGUGUACGGUACAAGGUCAGUUGUUUGAAUUGAUUAUUGAUAACAGCAGUCAGGAGAAUAUUAUCGGUAGAAAUGUGGUGAAGAAACUGCAACUAAUUCCUGAGAAACACCCGAACCCUUACACGAUUGGUUGGAUCAAGGAAGUCGGGAGCGUACGUGUGGAGGAACGCUGCAAGUUUCCAUUCUCUAUUGGUAUGUAUAUUGAUGAGGUUUACUGUGAUAUUGUGGAUAUGGAUGCUUGCCAUAUUUUGCUUGGUAGGCCUUGGCAGUUUGAUGCAGAUGCCAAACACUUGGGUAGGAAGAACACAUACCAGUUUGACAAAGAGGGUGUGCGCUAUACACUGUUACCUAUGGCAGAAAAGAACCAAACCAAGGCUUCAAAGGGACUGCUCGACGAGUUUCAUGAUGUAGUUCCUGACGAGUUACCCAAUGAGCUUCCAUCCAUGCGAGACAUUCAGCACCACAUUGAUUUUGUUCCUGGUGCUAGCCUACCUAAUCUGCCACACUACAGAAUGAGUCCUAAAGAGAAUGAGAUUUUACGGGAGAAGGUAGAGGAACUGUUGAAAAAGGGGCACAUUCAAGUUAGCAUGAGUCCUUGUGCGGUACCGGCAUUAUUAACACCGAAGAAAGAUGGGAGUUGGAGGAUGUGUGUUGACAGCAGAGCAAUCAACAAGAUUACUAUUGGCUACAAAUUUCCCAUUCCUAGGCUGGAUGACAUGCUUGAUCAACUUGAUGGGGCUGUGGUCUUUUCCAAGAUCGAUCUCAGGAGUGGUUAUCAUCAUAUCAGAAUCCGUCCCGGAGACGAAUGGAAGACCGCUUUCAAGACAAGAGAUGGAUUGUUUGAGUGGUUAGUCAUGCCUUUUGGACUAACUAAUGCACCAAGCACUUUCAUGGGACUGAUGAAUCAGGUAUUACGCCCUUUCAUUGGUAAAUUUAUUGUGGUAUAUUUUGAUGAUAUUUUGAUUUAUAGAAAAUCUGUUGAUGAGCACAUAGGACAUAUCCGAGGGGUAUUGAUUGCGUUAAGGGAAAAUAAACUAUAUGCUAAUUUAAAGAAGUGUACUUUUAUGAGCGAUAGUUUAUUGUUCUUGGGUUUCGUUGUAAGUAAGGAUGGAAUUAAAGUGGAUAAGGAGAAAGUGCGAGCCAUUAGGGAGUGGCCAACCCCAAUGAACGUCACUGACGUAAGGCGUUUUCAUGGGUUAGCAACUUUCUAUAGGCGAUUUAUCAAACACUUUAGUAGUAUUAUAGCUCCUAUCACUGAGUGUUUGAAGAAAGGUAAGUUCCAGUGGGGAGAGGAACAUGAGCAAAGUUUUGCUCUAAUAAAAGAGAAGUUAUGUACCGCUCCUAUCUUAGCUCUGCCAAGCUUUGACAAAUUAUUUGAGGUUGAGUGUGAUGCUAGUGGAGAGGGCAUAGGGGCUGUGUUAUCACAAGAGAAGAGACCAGUUGCUUUCUUUAGUGAGAAGCUAUGUGAAGCUAGAAAGAAGUGGUCCACUUAUGAUAAAGAGUUUUAUGUUGUUGUGCGAGCAUUGAAGACCUAG